AUGACCACCGAUAACAACAACGAUGAACGCCGUAACCCAUCGCUAUGGGUCUGGUUGGCCGCAUCGUCGGCCCUCAUGUCGGCCUUGACAAUGGGCGCCGUACUAGGCUGGAGUUCGCCGGGUAUACCAGCUCUGAAGCUAAACGGGUCCGAACCUCAACUGCCUCGCGAGCCCUCAGAGACCGAGACCUGGAUCUCGUCGUCCAUGACUUUGGGCGCACUCAUAGGCGGACUGUUAGGCGGGCCACUGUUGCAAAUGUUAGGCAUGAAAAAGGUUUUAAUCGGUUUGGGCGCACCUUUUGUUGUCGGAUGGGUACUCAUCUGUGUGGCCAAGAGUUUUAUACUGAUAAUCAUCGGUAGAGUGAUCACUGGUUUUGCAUCGGGAAUAUGUUGUGGAGUGGCGCCCACUUAUUGCAUACAGAUAUCCACACCAAAAAUCCGGGGCCUUUUGGGUACAGGGUUUCAA